CCAGCAGCAGCGCCCCCCGGGAGAACAGCGGCGCUGAGCUGGGGAUGCGGGCGCUGCCGGCGAAGGGGUGUUGGAAGGCACGGAGGGACUCCCGGUGCUCCCGCCCGGCUGCGGCCGCGGUGAUGCUCCCGCAUCCUCGGGUGGGGAGGGCGGGUAAAGGCAGGCGCCCAGCUUGAUGCCGGGGUCGGCGCGGAGCACGGCCAGGCAGGUCGUGAUCGUCCCGUGCCUCCCGAGUGGGACCCGUGUCCGGUUCUCGCCGGUGUGACCGCGUCCGGAUGUGACCCGUGCGGCUGUGCAGCCCCCGCCGCAGCGAUGGAGCCCCGGUGCCUGUCCUGGCUGCAGCUCUGCCCCCGGCCGUGCCGCCUCCUGCUGCACGCUCUGUCCUCCGGCCCCGCCGGGGCGAUGGCCGCGCUGCGGGUGCUGCAGCGGGGCCAGCCCCACGAGGGGCCGGGGCAGGCGUUCCCCUGGCAGGCUCUCACCGCAGCCCUGUGCGCCGAGGAGCCCUGGCUGGAGGGGCCAAAGGACAGCCUGGCUGUCAAGCCGCGGCUGCUGCUGCUGCCCGUUUUGUGCCAGAGAAACCUCUUCUCCCUGCUCCUCGUGGUGCAGGAUGCAGUGCCACGGGACUGCCUUGACCGGCUGCUCCAGGCCUUGGAGCAAGAUUCCCAUGUGGAUCCCUGGGUGCAGACGCUGGGGGAUCUGCUCCGGCGGGGACUGAGGGCAGAGGAGGGCUCCUCCCCAUGUCCCACUGCCCUGUCUUCUGCGUGCCAGCAGCAGCUUAGGGGCCUGUGCCAGAAAAUUGCCCAGAAGAAACCAGAGGGGCAAAGAAAAUUGAACUGGUGCUUCAGCAAGCAUCCUGGUGCCCCUGACUCUGUGCCUCAAGGUGGGAAGCGUAAGAAAGUGCCGGAGGAGAGCCUGGAGUUGGACAAUGAGAGAGAGGGGAAGAGGUUGUUGCUGGAGGAGGUGGCAUUUGAGCCCCUGGGGCCCCAGGAAUGUGGAGAUGUGGCAGGGGUGGAAGAGGAGGUGCCUGAGGAGCCUUCAGAGGACACAUCUGCUCAGAGCACAGAUAAAUCUGCUCAGGACAGCUCCCAGCAGGAUGCAGCUGGGGAACUCAGGAAGAUUUCCCAGACAGAGCUGGCAGAGGAGGUCCAAUCCUUUGUCCAGAUGCACGGACAGGGGCUGAAAAUGCUGCUGCUGCAGGAGUCCAGUCACUCCGAGCUGCGCGCCCCCCCCAAGCUGAGCAUCCUGAACAACUGCUCCGCCAGCCAGCUCGAGGGGCUGUGCUCCUUCCUCCAGCUCUCCACGUGCCCGGAGCCCUUCCUGGUGCGUUUCUGCAGCUGGCUGCUGGCUCUGAGCCCUGACCUCAGCUACACCAGCGCAGCCAUCCUGGCAGAGCAGCUCUUCCUCAGGCGAGUCCUGUCCCUCACCCAGCCGCCUUCCCGACACCUCAUGGCUGCCCUGACUUCGUUUUGCUCCAAGUAUUCCCAUCCCUUCUGCCAUGUGCUGGUGGCUGCGGUGCUGCAGGGGCCGGGGGAAGGUGCUGAGCAGACCAAGCUGAUGUGUGAGCUGGUGGAGGAGUGCCUGGAGCCACACUCUGUGCAGCUGGUGCUGAGCCAAGUCCUGGAGGUGCCUUUGUCAGAGAAGCUCCUGCCAGUACUGCAGGCCGUGCUGGGGCGGCAGGAGGUGCUGCCCCCUGAGCUCUUGGAUCUCCUGGUCCUGACCCUGUGCCAGCAGGCCCCAGCCUUCUCCAUGUCGCUCGACUUCGCCAAGCUGGUGACGGCCGUGCUCACGGUGUAUCAGAGCCAGGUCAGCCCAGCUCAGCGGAGCAGCCUGGCUGCUGUCCUGGAGCGGAGCACUGCAGCGCUGAAGAAAUCGCUGCAGGCUGUGCUGGAAGGGGCCAGGUGAGCGCCGACAGGAAUCGUGAGGGGGCAGCUCCCCUGCGUGGAGGACACUCAUUGCACAGCAGCAGCCACGGCCACCCCUCACUGGGUUCUCCCUGGUCAGGUGGGACCCUGUGAGGGGGGUCUGUUCCCCACAGAGUGCCCAGGGCCUCCUGGCUGCACCUGGUCUGAGGGGGCUCUUGCUGGGCAGUGCCAUCCCAGCAAGAUGGGAUGAAUUGUUCAACCAGCCCCCCAACACUCCCUGGGGCUCGGAGGGGUCUUGGUUGAACAAUUCAUGUGUUUCCAGGUGUUUCUCUGUGUGUUCUCCCUCACACUCUACAAGGUGACCUGGCCCUCCUGUGCUGGGGGCAGGGCUGUGGGGGCCAGGCAGGACACAGCCCAUGGAGAACUUCCAGGCCCUGAGUUCUUACUGCCCAAAACCCAUCACUGGAGCAGGACAGACAUUGAUUUGAGGCUGCAUGAAGUUGAUAAUUCUGGAUUUAGUUCACUAUCUUGAUUUUACCUCAGCUCACUCCAAGGCACGAGUUCUAUGCACGUCCACAUUCCUCCCCAACAGCCAAGCCUGUUUCAGAGUGGUGCAGGCUGGGCUGCUGUUUGUGUAUCUGAUCUGCUGGGAUUUACAGAUCUCUGGGUGCAGGAGAGUGGGAUUUAACUGAAUUCCAGCUGAAUUUAGCUGGGAAAUUUGAGUGUUCUGCUUUAAAUCCACCUUUCUUUCCUGUUUGCCUGGCCCGUGAGGGGCCCUGCUGUGUGUGACACAUUUCUGGUGAUGAUGACCCUACUCAUUGCCCUAAUGGAAAGUGCUUGUGUGGCGUGACUCUGCUCAAAGUUCUAUCCUGUAUUCUUGAAAGUACCCACUGGAAACCUCAUCUAGGCACCUCCUGGUCUGAGAACUGGGAAGAAAAGUUUGGGACAGAGUGGAGACUCAGGCAGGUACAGCUAGGGUUUCCGUGGAGGUUUUGAAGCAUUGCACUCUUCAGGAGCUAUUUAAAAAUCCAUAAACAUCUACAAAGGGAGAAGGAAAAUUAUAACAUGCAGGAGUGACGUGUGACUGCUCCAGGUGUGCUCAAUAAUGUUUAGAUCCCAGCCACAGGAAGGAAACUCUGAAGCAUUAGGUGACACUCUUAAGGCUGAGAGCCAGAUUUCUUUAUAUAAGAAUCCCUUAAGCUAUUUUAGGUGACAGUGGACUGAUGAGGCUUCAAAGUCCGCAUUAGCUGGAGGAUAGAAACCUCCAGGGAGCCAGAUUGUUGAUGUGUUUGCAUUCCACUGAGUUAGUGGCUGAGUAAAGUGAAGCUAUUGUAGAGCUGCCCAAAAUACGACAUAAAUAGAAAUUGUGCCAUGAUCAUCAAGGUCUAAGCCUGCUCUUCUGGCUUUAUUAGGUAGCAGGCUCUGAUCUUUGCAGUUCCCCUGCAGAGCUUCUACCAAGUGACCUCGGUGUCAUUGUCCCCAGUGCUCUGUCUGGCUGUGGCUGUUGGUCACAUGGAGAUGACCACGGGCUUGUGGCAAGAGCCUUCUUGGCCCUGGUUUUGCUCUUGGCUGCAGCUCACGGUGUGCUGUGGGUUCCUCAUGCAGAUAACAAUCCUGUAAGGAGAGCUGGGAGCACACCCUGGGGAUGCUGCACAUGCUGGUGGAACACUGCUUGUUUACAUGGAGGUUGGCAGCACAGAAAAGUUCACUUUUGACUCCUCUUGACCCUUUCAAGAGCUUAAAAAUCCAACCUGAACAGCGCAGAGAGGUGGAUGCAGCAUAAGACAUCAGUCACAUUUUAUAGUUCUGCAGAACCUUGGCCAAGGGUGGCAGGACUGCCAGGACUGGCCCUGUCCUUGUCCUGAUUUAAGAGCAGUGAUGGUGAAGGGAAUGGUCUGAAGCUUUCUCUGAGACCUUUCCUAGGCUGGAAGUAGCAGGCAGGGUGUGAUUUUCAUCCCGUUUACUUGUGAUAAUUGGCAGUGGUUCCUUACCUGCUUCCUCUUCUGUUUGUAAAGUUUUACUUCACAUUACAGAGGGGAAUUCCCUUUUUGGCCUAGUAGUUCUUGGGGUUUUUUUGGAGGAAAUUCAUCACGUGCAGUUGCAUGGGUUGUCUGUCCACUCUGCUGCCUCCACACCCUCCUCAGGGAUUUUUGAACCAGUUUAAUGACAAGAUGAUUCCUCCACUGCCCAGGUGCCUUCGUGGGGCUGUGGUGAGGCAGCAGUGAACCUCUUUGGGGUGAGCAGGGUUGUGGGGUCCGUGGAUGUUAAACACCAGAAAGGGCUGAAGCUCAGUGGCUUUCCUGAAAAUGGCCUGUAUCCAUCCCCCAAGGGGCUGCCCUUCUCCAAACAGGAGCUCCAGGUUGUUGCUGUUUCCCCUCCUGCAGCAGUGCCAGGGGUCAUCCCACUUCUCCCUGGAGGUAACUGCGUGGCCAGUGACAGCCUGCUAAUCUCCUGUGUAAUCCCCAACAUGCUGAUGCAAUUCUAGCUGGAAACCUGGGGGCUGUGAUGCCCAAUUGUGAGGCUGAACUGCUCUGGGGGAGGCUCAGCAAUAUUUAUUUUUUUCACUUGGGAUUUAAAACUGAAUAAAAAGGAAGAGCAAUUUUC